AUGGAUUCAAAUUCCACCUCUUUGAACCCCACUAAUGGGACAAAUCAUCUAAAAGCUCACAGCCUGUGGGAGGUUAUCACAAUUGCCACAGUCAGUGCCGUAGUUAGUCUCAUCACAAUUGUGGGCAAUAUUCUUGUUAUGGUGUCAUUUAAGGUAAACAGUCAGCUGAAGACUGUAAACAACUAUUACCUUCUAAGCUUGGCUUGUGCGGACCUCAUCAUUGGCAUAUUCUCAAUGAAUCUGUACACAUCCUACAUUUUGAUAGGCCACUGGUCCCUGGGCAGCCUGGCAUGCGAUCUGUGGCUUGCUUUGGAUUAUGUAGCAAGUAACGCAUCAGUGAUGAACCUGUUGGUCAUUAGUUUUGACAGGUAUUUUUCUAUAACAAGACCAUUAACUUACAGAGCAAAGCGUACACCUAAGAGAGCUGGGAUCAUGAUUGGACUGGCCUGGUUAAUUUCUUUCAUCUUGUGGGCCCCAGCUAUCCUCUGUUGGCAGUAUUUUGUAGGAGAACGCACAGUGCCCCCAGAGGAAUGUCAAAUACAGUUCCUUUACGAACCAAUAAUUACCUUUGGCACGGCCAUUGCUGCCUUUUACAUUCCAGUGUCGGUGAUGACCAUUCUAUACUGCCGCAUCUAUAAGGAGACAGAAAAGCGAACCAAAGAUCUGGCUGAGCUGCAGGGUUCUGAGUCAGUUGCAGAUUUUGAAAUGAUGAGGCCACAAGGGGCUCUCCUUAAAUCCUGUUUUAGCUGCAAGCAGCAGACUCUCACCAAAAGAGAGCGGUGUCAAGCUUCUUGGUCAUCUUCCAGUCGUAGUACAUCUGCCACUGUCAAGCUCUCCCACAGUCCAAAUAUUUCCAAUGAGUGGGUGAAGGAAGAUCAGCUGACUACUUGCAGCAGCUACCCCUCCUCGGAUGAUGAGGACAAACAAGCUAAGGAGGGUGUCUUCCAGGGUGCCUACAAGAACCAAACUGCAGCUCAGAAAGAAGAGGAAACCAAACAUAUUCUCACAAAAGAGCAAGCAACACUUAAUGAAUAUGAUAGUGAAAGAUUCUUUUUAACCCCAAAUAAAGCUCAUGCACAGAAAAGUCAAAAGUGUGUUUCUUAUAAGUUUAGAAUUGUUGUGAAUGACGAUGGCUCUCAGGAAGUGAAUAAUGGGUGCAGAAAAGUAAAAAUCACUCCUUGCUCCUCCAUGUCUAAAGCACACUCUUUGCGAAGCAUGGACCCCAGCUUUAGCAAUCAUAUUACGAAGCGCAAAAGGAUGGUUCUUAUUAAGGAACGCAAAGCAGCUCAGACACUAAGUGCUAUUCUCCUAGCUUUUAUCAUUACUUGGACUCCUUACAACAUCAUGGUUCUGGUGUCUACCUUUUGUUCUGACUGUAUCCCCUCCACUCUUUGGCACCUGGGUUAUUGGUUGUGCUAUGUUAAUAGCACAGUUAACCCAAUUUGCUAUGCCCUGUGCAACAAAACCUUCCGCAAGACUUUCAAAAUGUUGUUGCUUUGCCGCUGGAAGAAAAAAAGUGUGGAAGAUAAACUAUAUUGGUAUGGGCAGCAUCCACCCAGCCACAACAAGCUGCCAUGA